ACGCCCACCCCGCCAUUCCCUUUUGGAGCCAGCGUCGCUCCCCGCUGGAUUCCCUGGAAAUCGCUCCUUGCAGGGAUCGGAGCCUCCCGUAAAUGCAAGUUUGGCUCAUUCCCAUGGCUGGGAAUUCCAGCGGAUCCAUCCCUGCGCUGGAGCCGUGCCACAAGUUUCUCAUCUCGCUGCCUGCGGGCUGGGAGCUCCCGAUCUGCCUCUUCCCGGUUUUUCCCCUCUCUCUUUGAGGAUUUUCUGGUGCCCUCAGAGUGAGCUCAACUCCAAGGUUUGCAGCUUCCCGGUCUAUUCCUGCUAUUCCACGGGAGCCAGCGCCGGGAGAAGCCGCAUUCCUGCCUCCUUUUCCUGGGAAACUUCAGCAUGCGGCUGGAAGAACUCAGAAGGCUCCAGCACACCCUGGAACAGGGCAACGAUGGCAAAGACUCGCUCCAAAGCCACCAGCUUGCCAUGGAUGAAGAAAAUAAUAUCCAGGAAUAUCCUAUUGACCUCCAGCCCUUGGAAUCCAAAGUGAAAAUCAUCCAGCGAGCGUGGCGUGAGCACCUGCAGCGCCAGGACCUGUGCAGCCCAUCUCCAACGUCACCAACAAUGUCCCCAACGUCCCCGACGUCGCCAGUGUCAUCGACCUCAGGCAAGAUGAGCAGGUCUGUCAGCAUGAACACCUUCUCCGACAGCAGCACCCCCGAUUCCCGGGAGGAUGGCAUGGAUUUAGGCAGCGACGCCGGCAGCAGCCGCUCCAGCUCGGAAUCCAACUCCAGCAAAGCCACGCCGUGCUCGGAGGGCAAGUCCUCGCCGUCCCCCAGCAGCCUGGACCUGGCGGCGCUGGACGAC